AUGCAAAUGCUCGAGCAAAAAGACCGCGAUCUUGAAUAUGUUGCCAAAAUUGGACAGUCGCUGCUUGAGCAGAACAAAGAUCUACAGACAAAGAAUGAGUUUCUCGAAGAAAGUGUCAGCAAAAAUUUGGAAACAAUAAUCCAGUUGAAGCAUGAGCUUAACCAACGCAUCGAAUUGCUCCGGGUAUACUCGAAUCUCGAUGAUGAUGGCCUGCCGAGAUCGAAUAGCGACGAAACUAUACGUGAGAGGCUGAAGUUUACAAAAUCGGAAAAUGAAAGAUUGAAGCGAGAAUAUGAGAAAUUGAAACAGGAUGCGCAAUCGCUAGUUUCGGAAAGAAAUCGAAGUCUCUGUCUUGAAAAGCAACUCGAUGAGGCUAAUGAGAAGAUCACGAGCCUUCAAAAACUAAUCGAGAAGAAAACGCAAGAGCUUAGUCAUCAGCAAACAACAACGUGUGAACUUGUCAGAGAAUUGGCCGAUAAGGAAAAGAAAGAGAAAAUACUCAACUCGGAGAAGAAUGAGAUGAGCGAAGUGCUCAUCGAAAUGAUACAGAAGCACGAUACUAUGAUGAAUGAAGUGAAGAUCAUGCAGGAGCAGUAUGCGGAACUGAUGAUAAAUUUCUCGGAAACUGAGGCAGAGCUGACGAGGCUUCGCCAAAAUGCUCUGAGAAUUUCUUUCGAUUCGCUCUAUGACUCAUUGGCAUCGGAGAUGGAAAAUUCCGAGUCUGGAAUCAACAUGUCCAUCAAAGCGACUCCAACUGCUGAAAUUAUUUCUGAAAAUUUGCCGCCAAUUACACGCAUUGAAAAACAAACCGCCACGGAGAAUCCACACGAAGAGACUCCAACGGUUUCAUCACGUCCGGUUAUAGAAUGCGAUGCAAGCACAUCAUGCACAGAUUUAUUCGCUCAAGUAAACGAGUGCUCACCAUCGCCAAGCUUCCACAAUUUGGAAACGUCGACGCCAAAAAUUUCUAGAAAAUUGACGCCGAAGACUUCACUUCAUGCUCGUUUGCAAAAAUUUUAUAUAGAUUCGAAACCGCCAUGCAGUUCGUCGACAUCGGCAUCGCUCGAAGAUUAUAGCGCGCCAAAGCUCGGCCAGCCGGGAAUUCCGGGAUCGCGUGACCUGACGGUGUCGCUGAAAAUGAUCAAAGCACGUGAAGAGGUGCAAAAAGAGUUCGCAGCGUUUUGUCAGCGACGCGGCGUCGAGGAAACUGAGUUCUUCGGAAAUUCCAAUACCUCUCGCCGCGAAUCAAGUGACGCGCUGUGGACGGACCAUUCGUACGCCUCGCGAAUGCUGCACCUUCUUCGACCCAAUCGUGUCGAAGAGCCACUCUCAGUCACUACCAAGCGAGGAGUUUUGACACGUGCUGAGUUACUUGGAUCGCCGUCAACGUCGCCUCAACAUCAUGUAAAUGCCAAUUUACUUUCACUAUCAAUCAACUCGGUUCCAAACAUUCAAUUCGGUGCAACCAACGGUGUCCUUCAGCGUAGAUCUUAA